GGACAGGACCAGAGUUUUCUGUCGGGCUUGAGCAGAGGCCGCCUGGGAGGCGGCGUACACCGUCAGCUCCUGUAUACCACUGUGGGCUGGUAUCUUGGCUAUUAUCUCAGUAAACGUGCAGACUAUAAUUGUGCUAAACGGGACAGAGACCUGAUGGAGUACAUUAGGCAUCAUCCAGAAGAUUUUAAGGAAAAAGAUAAGAAAACCCUAGCUGAAGUUCUGGAGGACUUCCAUCCAAUUCGCUGAAAACUGCUCAAGAUCAAUGGACUUGUUCAGCAGAUCGUGUUUCGUGAGACCACUCCCAAAGAUAUUUGAGCAGACUGUAUGUCAGUUAUUGUUCAAAUGCAACUGGCUGAAAAACAAACAAAAAUCCUUACUGUGUUCUUAUAAUUAAAACUAUGAAUAAUCA